UAAAAGUAAAUCUUCAGAGCUGAUGUUUCGCCAUUUUAAACAGACAGAAUUGAUCAGACAUUUACCAGACAGAAUAUCUUUAAAACUGUAAUGGAGUCGUUUAUAAAAGUUUAGGCAGGAAUUAUGUGUAGCUAUUUGAUGGAAAAGCUGUAGGAUUUCUGUGAAUUGAGUCAGUGGUGGAGAUCAAACUCUUCAGAUCCAUCAUGGAUGACACAAAAACAACCAGAAAUGAAGAUUAUUUUCCAGGAUGCAGUCCAGUUCAUCAGAAGAGAUCAGAACCAGAGCCCAGCUGUGUGUCUAUGAAGAGCAAUGCGUCUAUGGGUCAGCCAAUAUUUUUUAAGAGUGAAGAUACAUGGACUGGCCUCAGUCCAAUUCAUCAGAAGAGAUCUGAACCAGAGCCCAGCUGUGUGUCUAUGAAGAGUGAUGCGUCUAUGGGUCAGCCAAUAUUUUUUAAGAGUGAAGAUACAUGGACUGGCCUCAGUCCAGUUCAUCAGAAGAGAUCAGAACCAGAGCCCAGCUGUGUGUCUAUAAAGAGUGAUGCGUCUAUAGAUCAGCCAAUACAUUUAAAGAGUGUAGAAACACAAUCUGUUCUCAGCCAUAAAGCCUACAGCCUCAACACAUUGAGAUCAAACCUGAGGAAGAAGUUUCAGUGUCUGAAUGAAGGAACAGCAAAGCAGGGAAACCCAACAGUCUUGAAUGAGAUCUACACAGAGCUCUACAUCACAGAGAGUGAGAGUGGAGAGAUCAAUAAUGAGCAUGAGGUGAGACAGAUUGAGACACAAUCCAGGAGAGCAGAAACAGAGGACACACCGAUCAAAUGCAAUGACAUCUUUAGACCUUUACCAGGACAAGACAAACCCAUCAGAACUGUGCUGACAAAGGGAGUCGCUGGCAUCGGAAAAACAGUCUCUGUGCAGAAGUUCAUCCUGGACUGGGCUGAAGGGAAAGAGAAUCAGGACGUCCAGCUCAUAUUUCCACUUCCUUUCAGAGAGCUCAACUUGAUGAAGGACAAAACACUCAGUCUUUCAGAUCUUCUUCAUGUCUUUUUCCCUGAAACAAAAAAACUGAAAAUAUCCAGUGAUGAAUAUAAUGUGUUGUUCAUCUUUGAUGGUCUGGAUGAGUGUCGCCUGUCUCUGGAUUUUCAGAGCAAAGUGAAACUCUGUAAUAAAUCUGAAUCAGCCUCAGUGGACGAUCUGCUGACAAACCUCAUUGCAGGGAAUCUGCUUCCCUCUGCUCUCAUCUGGAUCACCUCCAGACCAGCAGCAGCUGAUCUCAUCCCCUCUGAGUGUGUCCAUCGAGUGACAGAGGUACGAGGCUUCAGUGACCCACAGAAGGAGGAAUACUUCAGGAAGAGAAUCAGUGAUCAGAGUCUGGCCGACAGGAUCGUCACACACCUGAAGUCAUCAAGGAGCCUCCACAUCAUGUGCCACAUCCCAGUGUUCUGCUGGAUCUCAGCCACUGUUCUAGAGAAGAUGUUGAGUGAAGCAGAGAGCAGAGAGAUUCCCAAGACUCUCACUCAAAUGUACACACACUUCCUGAUCAUUCAGACCAACAUCAAACAUGAGAAGGACUAUGAGAAGAAAGUGAAAGAUGAAGACAUGAUUCUCAAACUGGGGAAACUGGCUUUCCAGCAGCUUAUGAAAGGCAACCUGAUCUUCUAUGAGAAAGACCUGAGAGAGUGUGGCAUUGAUGUGACAGAAGCAUCAGUGUACUCAGGAUUGUGCACUCAGAUCUUCAGAGAGGAGUUUGGCUUGUAUCAGGGGAAAGUCUUCUGCUUUGUUCAUCUGAGCCUUCAGGAACAUCUAGCAGCUCUAUAUGCACACAUUUACUUUACAAACAAGAACAGAAAUGUGUUUGAAAAAUCCAAACAAAGUCUGUUGUCUAAGAUUUUAAACUUGUUUAAACUUUCAUUAUCUGAGGUGCAUCAGAGAGCUGUGGAAGAGGCUUUACAGAGUAGGAAUGGACACCUGGACCUUUUCCUGCGUUUCCUUCUGGGUCUCUCAUUGGAGUCCAAUCAGAUUCUCUUACGAGAACUACUGACACAGACAGGAAUCUGCUCAUACAACAAAGAGGAAACAGUUCAGUUCAUCAAACAGAAGAUUAGGGAGAUUCGCUCUCCAGAGAGAUCCAUCAAGCUGUUCCACUGUCUGAAAGAACUGGGUGAUGAUUCACUGAUGGAGGAGAUCCAAGAUUAUCUGAGAUCUGGAGAAAUAGGAGAAACCAAACUCUCCUGCUCACAGUGGUCAGCUAUGAUUUAUGUGUUGCUGACAUCAGAGCAGAAGAUGGAAGUUUUUAAUCUAAAACAGUUUAUUGGAAAACAACAUACAGCAGAUGAAGUUCUUCAGAAGCUGCUGCCUGUGGUUAAAGAAUCCAGAUCAGCUCAGCUACAGUUCUGUAAUCUCACCGCUCAUUCCUGCAAGAGUUUGUCUACAGCUCUGCAAUCCUCAAACAUGUUCCUGGGAAAGCUGGACCUGAGUAACAAUGACCUGCAGGAUUCAGGAGUGAGGCUUCUUUCUGAUGGACUGAAGAGUCCAAACUGUCAACUGCAGAUACUGAGGCUGUCUGGCUGUAUGGUGACAGAGGAAGGCUGUGAUUAUGUGUCUUCAGCUCUGAGUUCAAACCCCUCACACUUGAGAGAGCUGGAUCUGAGCUACAAUCACCCAGGAGAUUCAGGAGUCAAGCUGCUCUCUGAUAAACUCAACCAUCCAAACUACAGAAUGGACAAACUCAAUGUGGAUCAUGGAGGAGAGAUCAGGAUUAGAGCAGGACUACGCAAAUAUUCCCAUCAGCUCACUCUGGAUCUGAACACAGUGAAUGAAAAUCUCUGUCUGUCUGAGAGGAACACAGUGAUUACUAACACUGACCCAGAGCUUCAGCCGUAUCCUGAUCAUCCAGACAGAUUUGAUGUGUUUUAUCAGGUGUUGAGUAGAGAGAGUGUGAGUGAUCGACGCUGUUACUGGGAGAUUGAGUGGAGAGGAGAAUGUGUGUCUAUAUCAGUGUCAUAUAAGAGCAUCAGGAGGAAGGGAACGGGUCAUGAGUGUUGGUUUGGAUAUAAUUAUCAGUCCUGGAGUUUGAUCUGCUCUUCCUCCAGUUUCUCAUUCAUACACAAUAACAUAGAGACUGAACUCCCUGUAAAGCCCAUCAGCAAUAGAGUAGGAGUGUAUGUGGAUCACAGUGCAGGAACUCUGUCCUUCUACAGCGUCUCUGGAGACACAAUGAUCCUCAUCCACACAGUCCAGACCACAUUCACUCAGCCGCUCUAUCCUGGGUUUUGGGUUGGUUCUGGAUCAUCAGUGACACUGUGUUGAUGGAUCAGAACAGACUGUAGAGAGAUUUGAUCUAUAAAUGACUGGAUCGCUCAUGACGUCAUAAACAGUGAAGCAGUAAAUGCACGUCCUUGAAUGAGAGCAGAUUUCUUUUGUAUUUACUUGAACUUCUCAGGUAAUAUAUGGUUUGACUCAUUUCAGAGGCGUCCAUAAUCAGAAUUUAAAUGCACUGAUUAAACUUUACACGUGAUUCCGCAUUCACUGACAAUCUGUGUAAGUUGAUGAAAAUGUCACAUCAAUCUCUAUUAUUACUGUCAAAAUUACCCUUACACAAAGAAAACAUAUUUCUCUAUAUAUGAAUGAUAAAUAUAUAUUUAAUGGUAUAUUUGAAAAUAUACAGAAUAAUGUGUGUGUACAUACAUUCAUAUUUAUAUGGGAACAUGUAUGUGCAAUAAAUGUGCGCAAUAAAAAUGUAUAUGUAAUUAUAUGCAAUGCUAUUUUUGUCUUCAUUUCUAAAUAUUUCAUAUGUAUCAGUAUAUAGCCAUACGUGGUCAAUGCAUAUAUUGCAGUAUAUAUUGAAAGAUAUAAGCACUAGUUAGAGAAGACUAGCACAUGUGUCUCCUGAGACAAAAACUCUAACAGUUGUAACAGGAGGAGUCCACUGGAGGCGAGCGUAGGUAGAACCCAAGGACACGACACGACACGACACGACACGACACGACACGACACGACACGACACGACACGACACGACACGACACGACACGACACGACACGACACGACACGACACGACACGACACGACACGACACGACACGACACGACACGACACGACACGACACGACACGACACGACACGACACGACACGACACAUCCUGACACUCACCAAUAGCAGGUUACAUAACAACAAAGCUAGACAAGAUAACAAUGAAACAUGAGGGCUAUUUAUACAAAGAGACUAAUGACAAACAAGGAACACCUGUGAACAAUGAAGACAAAGGACCAAUGACAGGACAGAACUGAAAUCACAUGACAAUGACAACCAAUGAGAACAUGACACAUGAGACAGGGGAAGCACAUGACAAAAGCACAUAGCACAAACAAGGAAAACAAACAUAGCAUAACAAAACCAUAAAACGUGAACAUGAAACAAUACCAAAACAAGACAUGACAACAGUGUCACAAUAUUCUGAGACCUCAGUAACAUCACACACUGUGCUCAUGUUUUUCUCCUCAGCUAGAGACUCUGAAGCUCUCACAUUUGUCUCCUUUUAAAGUUUAGAUGAGAUCUCAACAACUUUACAAAGUGUGCACCAAUAAA